GCGGAGCCAGGAGGCAGGCAGAAGCUCUCCACAGCUGUGCUUCGCCCUUUGUCGGUCUCCGCUCAUCGCCUUGCGCCUUUCUAUCCGGUAGACGGAUACAAAGAGAAGGACAGACGGCCGUGAAAUAGAGACGGAGCAUGAGGAGCGGCAGAGGGACACCAGAAACCUAACCGGACGAGGGGAAGUAGUCCACACAAGGAUCCCUUAAUACCUCCAGGCUUUGGAUACGGAGCUCCGCCGAUGUACGCACUGGAUUUUACCCACCAAAGAGUGUCGAGACCAAGGGGGAGAGGGGCGGACUUUUACGCGCAGGACUGUACGGUGUUUAGGAGGGCAUCAUGGAUAAAAGUUUGCACAUUCUCCAGAAAUCCGCAGACGGGGUGCCGACUGGGAUCUCCCUGGAUAUGAGUUUGAAUAUGGACGAAGGGGAGGGUUUCACGGAGCAGCGGAUAGUGGGUCUCCCGGACAAAAUACCUCUGGUGAAACCUUAUUUCAAAAAGAAGCAAAGGAAAUUGGACCCCAAAUGCCUCCACCGCGCCCUGGAGGACCCCAUACUGACCACGUUACUGAGGACGGACGCCCUGGUGUCCGGGGAUGGGGUGUUUGUUCCCCGGAACCCGCCGGGCAGGACUCCGGGGAACCUGUGCGCGGCGGUCGUGGUCAAACAGAACUGUAUGGGCCAAGUGUGUCUCAAGGACCCGGGAGCUGCUAACGACACCACGGCCGGGUCCGGAGUACCGGUGCUCAUGACCCGGGACUGCGAUGUGGAAAUAGCCGAUACUACUGCGGAGCUGGAGGAGACUGAGCGGCGAGGGGAGCGACCCAAGGUCCCGGAUCCGACCCCCGAAGGCCGCAGCUGCUUUCAGCCGAAACCCAGCCUCAGGGCGGCCGGCAGCACAGUGACAAUACCGCCCCCCGGCAGAGAUAUACCUCCCACAGUUGCACCACAGGCUCUUCACCAGGAGGGGAGCAUCAUCAAAAGCAAUGACCUCUUAACCUCUGGGUCUACAAACCCUCCAGUCAAAGCCUGCGCGGGCGUCCAGGACCCCCUUCCCCUCCUCCUGCUGCCCGACAAAGGAGUGCUAUUUCAGGACAAAAGUGAAGAGGCCUCCUUGGACUUGGUUUUUGAGCUGCUCACACAGCUCCAGUAUCACACGCACCAGUCGGACUCGGUGGACAUUUGUGUGGAUUUCCUCCAGGGACUGUGUGUAUACGGUAAUGACUGUGCCCACCACCACACUGUCCUGCCCUACCACUGGCAGAUCCGCAGGAGCAGCAAUCAGACGUGGCAGAGCAUAGCGGACGACUCCCAGGAACAGCUGGAGAGACUGUACUGCAACCCGGACAAUGAGCAAGUCAGGCUCAAGUUUCAGGGUCGUGUGUUUUCCCUAGACUUUGGCGCGAUGCGAGUGUGUGACCUGGAGUUUGACCGCGUCCGGCGACUGACCACUCCCGCCAGCCCUCUACCCACGCCCACGCCCGCAACCAACCCAAACCCCACCCCCAGCUGUCACACAGUGUGGAAGUACUACUGCAGAGACAACUUUGGCUGGAGGGAAUACUCCGAGCCGGUGGUGAAGCUCAUAGAGGAGGCGAGUUCGAGGGGUCUUAAGGAGGUGCGAUUCAUUACGCUCCAGAACCAGUAUAUCCUCAACAUCAGGGAGGGCUUCCAGCAGAACGCCGUCUUCGGGUUCAGGCGUCAGAUCAAGAAGCGGCCCACGUUCAUGUCCUCUGUGAUGCUUACGCCCCACCUACAGACUUUAGGCGGCCUCUCUUCAUCUCCCCUCUCCUGUUCCUCCUCCUCCUCCUCGUCCAUGGAUCUCUCUGUGUCUCAUCCCCUCUCGCCGACCACCACCAACCCACCCAGCCUUUUCCCGGAAACAUGGUUGCCCAUGACGAUGAGCCAGGACUUCCUGCAGGUGCCGGUGUCCCGUGAAGACCGCAGCUACCGGACGGUGUACAGCCUUUUCCACAAGACCGUGUCUGAGACCAAGUUUAGGAUCCUCAAGAUCCAGCGCGUGCAGAACCCCUUCCUCUGGGAGAAGUACAAGAGGAAGAAGGAGUACAUGUCUCGGCGUAUGUCAGAGAUGGACCGGCUGCUGAGCGAGCGCCACCUCUUCCACGGAACCUCGGCCGACGUGGUGGAGGGCAUCUGCAAGCACAACUUCGACCCCCGGGUCUGCGGCAAACACGCCACCAUGUUUGGCCAGGGCUCCUACUUCGCCCGCAAGGCCGUCUACUCCCACAACUUCUCCAAGCGCUCGCCCAAAGGAGUCCACUGCAUGUUCCUGGCCAAAGUCCUCACUGGCAGGUUUACUGUAGGAAAUCCCUCCAUGCGACGACCUCCACCCAUCAACCUUCGUGACCCCUCCAGUGACCUUUAUGACUCCUGUGUGGACAACUGGGUGGACCCCCAGAUCUAUGUCAUCUUCAACGAUGACCAGAGCUACCCUUACUUUAUCAUUCACUACGAGGAGGUACCCAGCACUGUCGCCGUCUAAGCCCUGGAUCAGACCGUCUGUCUGGAUUUGCAAAUACUUACUCAUAGUUUGUUCCAGUCUGUUAUGGUGCCAGAUGGGUGGAGUUUGCCACUUCAGGUGAAAAGGAUCAGUUAAGGCCAAUAACGAGCUGGAACCUAGAGUCACUUUGCCAGAUUAAACGCCACCCAUCUGCUGCCCUAAACAGGUUAAAACAGUCUUAAGACAUGUUUUGCAAAUGCUAAAUGAUUAAGGUGUGCAGUCGGCUGGAUCCACCCAAACUGGACUGCAGUAAAGAACAACAAACUGGUCUAGACCGGAUUAAACUGGACAAAACUGGACUAGCAAAGGCCAACACGCGUUUCAUCCGGUGUUCAGAGGUGGAUGACACCUGACAUCAACAGCCGCGCGACCACAGCUGACUUCUACUGGACUCAAAUACCGCACUCUGUUAUCCAGUAGGAUCGGGAGCCUAGUGAUGAACACAACCGGAUUCUAUCUACCUUAUUGAUCUGGAGCAGACGCAGGAGAAACCAAACCUAGUCCUCUUUAUCGUUUUGACUUAGUCGUAUGACUGUACAUGACCUCUGCUCCACACCAGGGCAGAUGCUGCGGUGGACCGCUAGCGUCCCGCCAGUACUUUGAAUGACCAACUGGCCGUAUUAUUCUAAUGAAGCAACAACCAACCAAUCAGACGCUUCCAUAGAGAAACCAUGGCGACACUGACCCCUCCCCCCCCCCCCACCGUCAUUCUCUUACAGAAAUCAUCGUGAGUGUUUACCCAGCCUCCGGCCCUUACGUUUUUUUUAGUUUUUAGUUUUUUUUUUAGUUUUUUUUUUUUUAAAGUUUUUGUGCUGCGUGUUUGAAUCCUUUUUAAUUUCGUGCAAAUGAAUCUUGUGGCCUCUUCGAACAGACAAUAGGACGUGAGUUUCAGUGGGACUUUUACAAAAUGGACAUCCACGGAAAAGAAAAAACCUCCCGGCAGAGGUUUCACAUGAAGCCAGUGCUGUGCCCGGUCGGCGUUUUUGCCUUUGCGCCUCACCACUUUAAUUCCCUGCGGGGGAUUGAAGAGUGUACAGUUUCACGCUGAGACUCGGCGGCGCUGUAGCGUUUCGUCAACAAAUCCCCCCACCCCCAACCCCCAACC